CUAUGUUCAUUCUCAGUUCAACUGUGCAGUCUAAGGUGGUCGAACAACUCAACUAAUUGACUUUAAAAAAAGUAAAUCUUGUUUGAAUUUAAAUUAUUUCAUACGCAAAGGACUUACAAAUAAAAAUUAGUGGUGAAGCGAAGUGAAAGUGCUAAGAAACUAAGUGUUUAUAGCAAUAAAAAAAAACACAACACAACAAAAACUAAUCAUGUCCUCAAAAAGACAGGAUUUAAGCAAGCGCACAUUCUUCAUACUAAGUGGCGUUUCCAAUGGCUUGGGCAAGUCGUUGGCCAUCGAAAUGUGUCGCCAAUAUAGCGCCGGCUCAUUGGCUAUACUCAUCGACGUGUCUGAAGAAAACAUGCAGGAAGUGAAGAAAGAAAUCGAAUUCCUUGAACGUGAUAUUAACGUCAUUUGCUGGCCCAUUAAGGCGUGGCAAGAGACCAAUGGUGUUUACUUCGGUCAACUACUCGCAGCUAUCUUGCAAAAAUACACCAAUAUCAGCUGUGAUUUCGAACUCGCAUUUAUAAUACAUAAUGAGGGCGUUUUGGCCACUAAUAUAUUGAUGGAACCUGAGCCGGCAGACAAAUGGUUAUCCUUCGUACAGGAACAUCUCUACGCGCCAGUUGCGCUCAAUCAGGCCUUCCUUUCGGCACCACAACUUUCGAAGACCCCCAAAUUGGUUAUCAACAUCACAUCGAGUUUGAUGAUCCGUCCAUUCGUUUACAAUGCAUUGAUGUGCUCUUGCAUGAAGGCACGUGAUAUGUACUUCCGGUCAAUGGCCAAUGUAGAGGGUCGCAAUGGGGUCAAUGUUAUCAGCUAUUCGCCGGGCAUUAUGGAAACACACAAGCCACAAUUAGAUUUGAAUAACAAUUUGGUCGAUUUGUUGGAUUUGAAUAUUAAUGAAAAAUUACUGAAAUUGCCACGUGUCAGCGCGAAGCAAUCAUCGCUCAAGUUGAUCAAUAUUCUGCAGGAAAUGUCCUUUAUCUCAGGACAUGAUGUCGACUACUACGACACUUUCAACUUAUGAGGAGCACUAAUGAAAUAUUAUCUCACAUCCACUAUUCCCAAAAUAAUGUGUGAUAAUAUUUCAUUAAAAAUAAUUGCUGAAUUGUUGACCCGGCUAACUGAUGGUGAUUUUGCUAAUGAAAACGAUGAUUACAAAAAUAAAAUAAUACAAGAAAUUCUUUCUGCUGACAUCGAAGAUGGCGAGAACGAAGAAGAAAACGAAAAA